AUGAGCAGCCGCAACCUGGAAAAGAAAUCGGAAAAGCAGCGUUUGAAGCAGCUUAAGAAACUCACCAAAGCCAAGCAGCAGCAGGAUAAAGUCAAGAAGCAUACGAAAAAGCUUCUCAAGAUGAAAACGCGUAACAUUAGCUUCGACUAUCAGCUGUUCCUAUACCGCCAAGAGCUGCGGCGAGCCAAUACGGACUUUUCCUAUCUGCGUCUGUCCCGUGCGAAGAUCAUGCUGACAGCCGAGCUAAUAGCCAAGAACAUUGGCAGCUAUAACAAAAUGUGCAGCGUGGAUGAUCUCAAGAUGCUCAGUCGCGAGGUGCAGUUCAAGAAGCGACUCUGCAACCAGGUGGAACGUCUAGAACAAUUCCAGGAACUCGGGCUAACCGAUGUGGUGCUCAAUGGCAAAAAGACGGCUCUCUAG